UCUGUCCUGGACACGCUGAUGUGCUGGAGCAUUGGCAUUUACCACAGGACUUCGCUUCUGUCCUAAAGUAUCCAACACCCCACCAGCAUCUGACUCCAUACACCAAACUCUUGUAGUUAGCAGAAGGAAAGGCCGAAGCCUAUUGCUAUGGACAGUGCCAUCACCCUGUGGCAGUUCCUCCUCCAGCUCCUGCAGGAGCCUCAGAACAAGCACAUGAUCUGCUGGACCUCUGACAAUGGGGAGUUCAAGCUUCUGCAGGCAGAAGAGGUGGCUCGGCUCUGGGGGAUUCGCAAGAACAAGCCCAACAUGAAUUACGACAAACUCAGCCGAGCUCUCAGAUACUACUACGUGAAGAAUAUUAUUAAAAAAGUGAAUGGUCAGAAGUUUGUGUACAAGUUUGUGUCUUACCCAGAGAUUUUGAAAAUGGAUCCAAUGGCAGUGGGCAGGAUUGAGGGAGACUGUGAACCUCUAAAUUCCAAUGAAGUCAGCAGCAGCAGCUCCAAAGAUGUGGAGAAUGGUGGGAGAGAGAGAGCAGCCCCUCAGCCUGGCGCCAAGGCCUCUAGCCGCAACGACUACAUCCACUCUGGCUUGUAUUCUUCAUUUACUCUCAACUCACUGAACACCUCCAGCAAGAAGCUUUUCAAAUCUAUAAAGAUGGAGAAUCCAGCUGAGAAACUGGCCGAGAAAAAAUCUCAGGAGCCAACACCAUCGGUCAUCAGAUUUGUAACAACACCUUCCAAAAAGCUGCCCAGUGAACCUGUUCCUGUUGCCAUCUCAUCUGGGCCCAGUAUCUCGCCAUCUUCUGAAGAAACUAUCCAAGCACUGGAGACUUUGGUUUCUCCAAAACUACCUUCCUUGGAAGCCCCAGCUACUUCUGUAUCCAGUGUAGAAGCCACUUUCACCCCCACACCUCCUGCUCCAUCCUUACCCCUUUCUUUGAAGGAGCCUUCUCGAACACCUUCUCCACCACUGAGUUCCAACCCGGACAUCGAUACAGACAUUGCAUCAUUGGCUUCUCAGCCAAUGGAACUUCCAGAGAACUUGUCACUGGAGUCUAAAAAUGAGGAUUCAGUUUUGCCAGAAAAGGACAAAACAAAUAGCUCAUCAAGGUCCAAAAAACCCAAAGGGUUAGAACUGGCACCCACUCUUGUGAUCACAGGCAGUGACCCGAGCCCACUGGGGAUUUUAAGCCCAUCUCUCCCUACGGCUUCUCUCACACCAGCACUUUUUUCUCAGACACCUAUCCUACUGACCCCAAGCCCUUUGCUCUCCAGCAUCCACUUUUGGACUACGCUCAGCCCUGUAGCCCCCCUGAGUCCUGCCAGACUUCAAGGUGCUAACACACUUUUCCAGUUUCCUUCUGUAUUGAAUAGUCAUGGACCAUUCACACUCUCUGGCCUAGAUGGACCUUCUACUCCUGGUCCAUUUUCUCCAGACCUGCAGAAGACAUAACCUAUGCACUUAUGGACAGAACCAAGGAACAAAAGAACUGAGCUCAACCUGAUUGCAUUUGAAGUGAGCGAUUAGUUCUGCAGUUCUGAUAAUAGACUAUUGUGGUUUUUUACCAUUUUCCAUCAAGAUACCUUUUAUGGGUUCCAUUUGACUCAGUGUUGGACUGUGUAUAAAAAUGCCUUAAUUGGAGUCCAAACUCCACCUCCUCAUUUUCUCCUUCUUUUCUUUGUCCUUUAGAGCUUUGUGCUAAAGUAAUUUUUGGUGGGGUUUAACAGCUGCACUUUGUGAGUAUGUUUAAGAACAAAGUUAUUUCUCCUGGCGGUCGGGACCCUUUGUCAGGAAAAAAAUAUGCUUAGACUCUUGUUAUUUCAAGGAGUAUUAGUUAACUGACAUGGCCAUGUGUUUAGGGCUAAGUAAGCGCUGUUGAACAACUCAGUUGUUCUAAGCAGUGGGAGACAAAGAACCAUUCCUGUUUAUAAACAGUAAGAUGGGGGGAUUCUGUGUUGAGGACUGUAAUGUAGGUAUCCUGUUUAUGCCCAUCCAGGGCAGGACUCUUAGCCAUGUGUAUGGUCUUGUCUGAACCUGUCAGUAGGGCAUCGAGCUAGUCUGUUUUGACAUAGAAGAUAGUCAAAGCUUGGGUUGAAGGUGGUUUUUGAAACAUCUGGUGGCUGUCUAGGACCCUGCAUCUAGCAUAGUGAUGUGGUAAGAUUGCAUAACUGUUUAAGCACAGCACGUCAGUGACGCGUCUUAGAGGGAGGAUGGACCUGGGCUUGAAAAUCGGAAGCAUCUAAGUAAAGUGCAGUUGAAUACCUUCAAACAAUACGUGAGGCUUUUCCCGGUUACAAGGUUCCUAGAGUAAAGGAGCCGUUCUCCUUCCCGCGCAUCGUGCCCUGUGUUCUGCCAUAUAUUUAACAUCUUUCCUUUGACAUCUAAGGCUGGUAAGAGGUGACUGGGAAGGUGAAGCUGUCCAGUCAAUAGGGAGAGAAAGAUUCCUCCCAGAGAAGAAGCGGUUUCGCUCGGCAGUGCCCACAUGCCGGGCUCCAGCUGUUUGUAUUAGUAGUAAGAACUUGUGAUGUCAUACUUACAUCACCUCACUAACAGAAUAUAACCAUUGGCCAUCAGUGCCAGGAGCAGGCAGAUAGGGUUUGAUGCUCCGCCAACUGUAUCACUGGAAUUGUCUGAAAAGUUUGACUUUGAACCAAGACUAAAUUACAGGCUGCCCACACCUGCAUACCCAUUGAUGUUUUUUUUUUUAACCCUGUGACAGAAUCACAUGAGCUAUGUGGAAAGGAGGAGUAAGGACUCAAGGGCUCAAAAUGACACUGCUAUGGGCAAACCCACACUUUCAACAUGUACAGUAUUGACUUUAAAUGUCCUUCUCUGCAGUGGUGGAGAGAGCGUGGAUGCUCUCUGCUGCCUUUCUUUGGGUGGUAUAGGAGACCUGUUACUGGCUCAUUUGUGGUCUAAGUUCUGUUCCUGAGAUGUGCAAUAGUAGUGUGGAAAGACCGUGUUCGGUGUGACGGGACAGGCUUUCUCCGUUUUCUCCCCAUCUUGUUGAGUUUACUUCCCUGUUUGACCCCUCAGCUGCACUUUGUACCAGUAGUCAAUAGUAGUGGUUGACUUAACCAUGUGUUUUAAAUUCUGAGAGAAAGUAUUUUUACCUUUUUGAAUGAAAGGAAAAAAGCGAUGGUCCGUUUUUACAGAUGGUGUGUUUGAUAGGUUAUGUUCUCAGAACAGAGUGGCCUAAUGCCACAGGCACUCUUCGCCAUUCAGGCUCUGAGCAACUUCCUAGGAAGCGGGGUUAGAGGUUAGCCCACCUGUGGCUUUCUGUGAGCCUGUGAGUGAAGUCUCAGAAAGGUGCGAGGUCUCCGGAGGAGAAGAGCAUUUGCUUGCAUUUUGACAGCAGCCAUUUUGGGAAGUGUGCACCUGGUGUGUGUGUGUGUGUGUGUGUGAAAUCGUGUGUCUUUUCAAGUUGGAAUUUCCAGAUUCAGCCUGUGCGUGAGGUAGACCAUUGUCUUUGUAGACUACCUCCUUUUUGGAAAAGUCUCAGCUUUGUAUUCUUUUGAAUGUCUUGAGAAUUCUUGGCAUCAAGAGGUGGCUUUGUGAUCAGUAUUCUCUGGAGACACAUACUUGGUGGCCACAUCUGGUUUGCAUGUCCAGAACCCCACCCACAGUGAACGGUGCUCACCAGCAGAGGCUUUAGGGGUGUGUGUGUGUGUGUGUGUGUGUGUGUAAAAGGUUGCCUGGGGUCUAAAGCAGUUUCAGUGACUUCUUACCCUUUUCUCUGCCCUGACCCCUACCUACUCAGUGUUGUGCUGGAGAAUCUUUUGACACCAGAUGUCUGAGGUGGAGGAAGCCCUGAAGUGCAUAGGGUUAUUCAUUCCCUUCAUGCAUGCUACUCCUUUAUGGCUGAUUUCAAGCCUCCACCUUGCAGCUGAGGAGAGUGCGCAGGAGACGCUGUGCUGCCAGCAAGCCGCUGCGUCUGCCGCCCACAGUGGGCUGUC